UUGUCUUUCCUGUCUAGCUAAACCAAGCAGGUGGCUUGUUAGCUCCAUCUGCUGGGACUUGACGGUGUGGAUGAUGUAGGGAAGCUUGGCUGGACGCACAGGAAAGAGGUAAAAAAGAGAAAGAAACGAACCUAAACCAGAAGGAGUCGCUGUGUGCCAUCGAGACUGAGAAACCAAAUGGGAACGUCCAUCUCCUGGACUUACAAAACACGAAGAAUAAUUAAAGGUUACUACAGCAUUGCUUUGAGGAUAUGUAGUUUACAGAAAAAGAGGCCAACUUUCUUCACCCAGCAGUUCCCAGUAACCCCCAGAGUGCUGAUUCUCAUGGGUCAGAAGGCUUGGAUAGAGAAGACCUUUUCUAAAAGAGAAUGCAUCUACGUAAUUGCCAACAACAAAGACACUAGCAGGUGCUGCUGUGGCCAGCUCAUCAAUCAACAUAUUCCACCUCCUCCGAGUAUAACAGCUAAUAAAAAUGGAGAAGAAACAAAGCAAGUGGAAGCUCAGCCAGAGAAGUGGUCUGUCAGUAAACACACCCAGACAUACCCAACUGAUGCCUAUGGAAACCUUGAAUUCCAGGGAGGAGGACAUUCAAAUAAGGCCAUGUAUAUCCGUGUGUCAUAUGACACUAAACCAGAUUCUCUGCUGCAUCUCAUGGUGAAAGACUGGCAACUGGAACUGCCCAAACUCUUAAUCUCUGUCCAUGGAGGCCUCCAGAACUUUGAAAUGCAACCUAAAUUAAAGCAAGUGUUUGGAAAAGGUCUGAUAAAGGCUGCCAUGACCACAGGAGCUUGGAUUUUCACUGGAGGUGUUAGUACAGGUGUCAUUCGUCAUGUGGGAGAUGCCUUGAAAGAUCAUUCUUCCAAAUCCAGAGGACGAAUAUGUGCCAUAGGAAUUGCACCGUGGGGCAUUGUAGAAAAUAAGGAAGAUCUGAUAGGAAAAGAUGUAACACGAGUUUACCAAACAAUGUCAAACCCUCUCAGUAAGCUCUCUGUGCUCAACAGUUCCCAUACCCACUUCAUUCUGGCAGACAAUGGAACACUAGGUAAAUAUGGAGCUGAAGUAAAGUUACGACGUCAGUUGGAAAAACACAUUUCCCUCCAGAAAAUUAACACACGGCUGGGACAAGGUGUUCCAGUAGUUGGGCUCAUAGUGGAAGGGGGCCCCAAUGUGAUCUCCAUUGUAUUAGAGUGCCUACGAGAAGAACCCCCUCUCCCUGUCGUGAUAUGUGAUGGUAGUGGACGAGCAUCCGAUAUUCUGUCAUUUGCACACAAGUAUUCAGAAGAAGGAGGGAUAAUAAGUGAAUCCCUUAGGGACCAGCUUCUAGUUACCAUCCAGAAAACCUUUAACUACAACAGGAAUCAAGCUCAUCAGCUGUUCAUCAUUCUUAUGGAAUGCAUGAAAAAAAAAGAACUUAUUACUGUGUUCCGUAUGGGGUCUGAAGGGCAGCAGGACAUUGAGAUGUCUAUCUUAACUGCUCUCCUAAAAGGUACCAAUGCAUCUGCUCCAGACCAGCUCAGCUUGGCUUUGGCCUGGAAUCGUGUAGACAUUGCACGCAGCCAGAUCUUUGUCUUUGGACACCACUGGCCACCUAUAGGUAGCCUUACAGCUCCUGAUGGUACAGCUCCUGAGAAGGAAAAGAAAUCUCCAGUUGCUCAGACUAAAGCAGCCAGAGGGAAAGGAAAAGGGAAGAAAAAGGGAGGAAAAGCAAAAGAAGAGCCAGAAGAAGAAACAGACCCAAGAAAGCUUGAGCUCCUGAACUGGGUGAACUCCUUGGAGCAGGCUAUGCUGGAUGCACUGGUUCUGGAUCGGGUGGACUUUGUGAAACUCCUUAUUGAGAAUGGAGUGAACAUGCAGCACUUCCUCACUAUUCCUCGACUGGAAGAACUUUAUAAUACUAGAUUGGGUCCACCAAAUACACUACAUUUGCUAGUCAGAGAUGUGAAAAAGGGAAAUCUUCCACCAGAUUAUCAUAUCAGCCUCAUAGAUAUUGGUCUUGUACUUGAAUAUCUCAUGGGUGGAGCUUACCGCUGCAACUAUACGCGAAAAAGUUUUCGGACUCUUUAUAAUAAUUUGUUUGGACCAAAGAGGCCAAAAGCUCUUAAACUACUAGGAAUGGAGGAUGAUGAGCCUCCCACGAAAGGGAAGAAGAAAAAGAAGAAGAAGGAGGAAGAGAUCGAUAUUGAUGUGGAUGACCCAGAAGUCAGCCGUUUCCAGUACCCCUUUCAUGAGCUGAUGGUGUGGGCCGUGCUGAUGAAACGGCAAAAGAUGGCACUUUUCCUUUGGCAGCGAGGGGAGGAAACCAUGGCCAAAGCACUGGUGGCCUGCAAACUCUACAAGUCUAUGGCCCAUGAGUCUUCUGAGAGUGAACUGGUGGAUGACAUUUCUCAGGAUCUGGACAACAACUCAAAAGAUUUUGGCCAGCUGGCUGUUGAACUCUUGGAUCAGUCCUAUAAACAUGAUGAGCAGAUUGCCAUGAAACUUCUGACAUACGAGCUGAAAAACUGGAGUAAUUCUACUUGCCUGAAAUUGGCUGUGGCAGCUAAACACAGGGACUUCAUUGCUCACACAUGCAGCCAGAUGCUUCUAACAGAUAUGUGGAUGGGUCGACUACGCAUGCGGAAAAACCCAGGCCUUAAGGUUAUAAUGGGGAUUCUCUUCCCUCCCACCAUCCUUUUCCUUGAGUUUCGGAGUUAUGAUGAUUAUUCUUACCAGACAUCAAAAGAAAAUGAUGAAAGCAGAGAAAAGGAGGAGGAAAAUGUGGAUGCAAAUGUGGAUACAGGCUCCCGGAAAGGAGAUGAAGAGAAUGGAAAGAAAAAACAAAAGAGCCUUCCAAUUGGAACAAAGAUUUAUGAAUUCUAUAAUGCACCUAUUGUCAAAUUUUGGUUCUACACAAUAUCAUACCUUGGUUACUUGAUGCUAUUUAAUUAUAUCAUUUUGGUGCGGAUGGAACGGUGGCCAUCAAUCCAGGAAUGGAUUGUCAUCUCCUACAUCGUGACAUUGGCUUUAGAGAAAGUAAGAGAGAUUCUGAUGUCAGAGCCUGGCAAGCUGAGCCAAAAAGUGAAAGUUUGGCUCCAGGAAUACUGGAAUAUUACUGACUUGGUGGCUAUUUCAGUAUUUAUGAUAGGAGCAAUCCUUCGCCUGCAGAACCAGCCUUACAUGGGUUAUGGAAGAGUGAUUUACUGUGUAGAUAUCAUAUUCUGGUACAUUAGAGUACUGGAUAUCUUUGGUGUGAACAAAUACCUGGGACCUUACGUCAUGAUGAUUGGAAAAAUGAUGAUCGACAUGCUCUACUUUGUGGUCAUCAUGCUUGUGGUUCUGAUGAGUUUUGGAGUAGCCCGACAAGCUAUCCUGCACCCGGAUGAAGAGCCAUCUUGGAGACUAGCUCGCAAUAUCUUCUAUAUGCCCUACUGGAUGAUCUAUGGAGAGGUGUUCGCAGACCAGAUAGACCCUCCCUGUGGGGACAAUCUUUAUGAUGAUGAUGGUAAACGCCUCCCUCCAUGUAUACCGGGAGCCUGGCUCACUCCUGCUAUUAUGGCCUGUUACCUCUUGGUAGCAAAUAUCCUGUUGGUAAACCUGCUGAUUGCUGUCUUCAACAAUACCUUCUUUGAGGUAAAAUCAAUAUCUAACCAAGUGUGGAAGUUCCAGCGGUACCAGCUGAUCAUGACAUUCCAUGACAGACCUGUCCUCCCACCACCAAUGAUUAUCUUCAGCCAUAUCUACAUAAUCAUCAAGCGAAUCUGCUGUCGCUGCAGGAAGGGUGAAGGAGACCAGGAUGAGCGUGACAGGGGACUGAAGUUAUUUCUGAAUGAUGAAGAGCUAAAAAAGCUGUAUGAGUUUGAAGAGCAGUGUGUAGAAGAAUACUUCCAGGAAAAGGAGGAUGAGCAGCAGUCAUCUAAUGAUGAACGCAUUAGAGUUACUUCUGAAAGAGUUGAAAAUAUGUCUAUGAGGCUAGAAGAAGUGAAUGAAAGAGAACACUUUAUGAAAGCUUCUCUUCAAACAGUUGACCUUCGACUCUCUCAGUUGGAAGAACUGUCUGGUCGGAUGGUGAAUGCUCUUGAGAAGCUGGCAGGUAUUGACAAAACUGAGCUCACAUAUACACGUUCACGGGCUUCUUCUGAGUGUGAUGCUGCCUACCUCCUACGGCAAAGCAGUGUUAACAGCUCUGAUGGCUACAGCAUGUACAGAUACCAUGUCGGAGGUGAUGAGCUAGCGUAUGAUGAGAGUACCGCUCCUAUGUCACCAGCUAUGGGAUUGCGUAAAAAAGCCCAUUCUGUUGGUACCAGAGAAGAUGGAGCAGACCCAAGGAUGCUGGCUCCAGACCACCACACCAGUCUCCAUUGUACCUCUAGUGCUAAUGCAGUCACUACAGCAGAUUACAGUAAAUCUACAUUAGAAAUUGCACAGAAUGUUUCCAGACUCCAUUCUGGUUCAGGUGGUUCUGAGGAUGAAAAGCAGGGGAUUUUCAGGAGUGAUGGAAUGGUUCCUCGAAGUAUAAACCGGAUGGAUGCUGUAACAGACAGACAGUCAGAACCAAGAUCAAAUUUUCAGAACACUAAGUUAAAACUAGAACGUACCAAGUUAGAAGCAACCAUCUCUUAUCCCUUGGACAAAUCUAAAGCCAUGCACUAUUUUCCUCCUGAAACAUUCAGUGCUUGUCAAACCACUAUGAUGAAGUCAAGGAGCUUUAUAUUUGCACAAGGUGGGAAGCUGGUUGGAGGAGUUAACAACUGGACCACAGAAUACAGUACCAUUAUGGAUCAGGUGUGCCCUUCUACAAUUGAACAGUGGGCUACAGAGUGGAAAUAUGAAGUUGAGCAGCAGCUUUCUCAGGAGCCUCCUCCAGAAUACCCUGGCUUUAUCUCUGAAGCAGAAAUGCAAGCAGAGCAGAAACAGUUACAGACGGACACAGACGAUGAUGGCACUGUUGGUGAGGCAGAUGUGAGUGCCUCUUGCACCUCUAUGCCUGCCACUGACAAGGGUGAGAAAGAGAAUUUACUAUCAGUAAAGCCAGAAAGGACUUCUGGGUUCCCCUCAGUACGGUCAAAGAGUUUGCACAGCCAUUCUCGGAAAGGCAAGUCUGUAAAGGACAAAUUAAAUAGACCAGGACAUGCCAGCAGCGUAACUAAUCUGGUGGUAGCAUUUGGCAGUGCAACAGAAGAACAGAAAGCUAGGCAAGAAAAUGCAUCGACAGAAACUGAAUGUUAAAAUGGCUUAUGGCCCCUGUUUCACCGACAGUCAACAAAGCAGCAUGACUAAUUGAACAAAUUACGGAUUUUAAAAUUAAUUUCUAAAGAAGAA